UUGGACGAUCUAGCCUGAGUCUCGAGUCUGGAGUCGCGUUGAUCGCAGUUUGAAGAAAGAACAGCCGGAAGAAACUAACGAAAUCCGAAGACCAUGGUCAAGAUCAGUCUCUGCCUGAUGAACAUAGCUUUCCUGGUGCUUCUGGGUCUGCUGGCUAUCGAGGCGGCACCCUACCAGGAGCUGGAGCCCCGCAAAGGUCACGUUCCCGUCUAUAUCCGUCACGGGGAUGAGCCCCUGAGCGAAAUCCAUCCAGGCCUGGCCGAGGCCUUCAAGGAGGGCGAGUCCAAGUCGCUGGACGUUGAGAACCUGGUCACCCAACAACCCGAGGAAGUGACAACUCUGGGGACCACCACAUCCUCCUCCACAUCUGCGCCUCCCACUUCGACGGAAUCGGAUAUUGCCAGCUUUGAUGCCAUCAAAGGCACGACGAAGGAGGAAUAAAGGCUAAAUGGAAACUCCCUUAGUUUACAAAGUUAAUCCCAUCUGAAGGAGUGGCCCUUGCCCGAUGGGCAGUGACGAAAUCGACAAAGAGAUGUAAAAAUAUUUAAACACAAAAUAAAUAUAAAUGUUAAGAAAACAAA